GCAACCAUCGUGUGGGAUUCCGCUUCCUCUUCAGUCGGGAAUUUUUGUCCGCUCUGCAGGAAUGUGUGGAAAUGCUCGUGCUGGCGAAGAGGUAACAGCUGCACCAUCCAGCUGACAAAUGAACCGACUAACGGAUGUCCAUGCCUUUGGGUUUCGGCACUGAGGAUAUCGGAGACACACUCGGAUCGCCGUGUAGCUGAAUAUCUGUCCGAUCAUCCCACAUUCCCGGAGUCGCAUGAUUGAUUGAAACUGCUCCUCCUCCUCAUGGCGAAAAACACCUUGUCCUCGCGGUUCCGGGGAGUCGACAUCGACGAAUACGACGAGAAUAAAUUCGUGGAUGAUCAGGACGAGGCGGCCGAACAGCAGGGACCCGACUCGUCAGAGGUGGACAAUCUCAUCAGGCAAGGGGACAUGAUGACAGCAUUUCACAUUGCCUUGAGGAAUCCACCAAUCAACUCCAAGAAUCCGGCAGUGAAGGAGCGAGCGCAGGCGGUAGUUUUACGAGUGCUGACUGCUUUUAAGAGCAGCGACAUUGAGCCAGCAGUGAAAUCUCUGGACAAGAAUGGAGUGGACCUGCUGAUGAAGUACAUCUACAGAGGCUUUGAGAAGCCCUCAGACAAUAGCAGUGCCAUCCUUCUGCAGUGGCAUGAAAAGGCUUUUGCUGUAGGGGGUCUGGGAUCCAUCGUGCGGGUGCUGACUGCGAGAAAGUCUGUCUGAGAAACAGAAAGAGGAAAGACUUGCAACUUGCAACCACAACUACCACAGCCAAUAGCUUAUUUCACUCAAAAUCAACAGACAAUGAAAAGAUAUUGUUUGAUAUUUCAUGUAAAUUAUUGAUUCUUCAAUAUGUUCUUAUGGAAAUCAUAAAGCCUGACACGUUUCUCGACUAAUGAAAGUGAACUGUUUUUGCAACAGUCCAUGAACUGCAAAAGAAGGACAAUGAAUCAAAUGGAGAGACUUUAAUGUCUAAGCCCUGAGCUGAAAUUUCAGGGCAUUAAGUACUGUGACAAAUAUGAAAGUUGUAUUUGCUUGUUUUACUUAGGCACUCUCGGAUAUGUAGUUCUCAUUUCUUUAGUUCCAAUUCUCAUUUUUCUUAUUGUACAGAAAAAAGAAUGUUUAAUAUAUGGUAUUUAGGUGGUGGAUCUAUGGUUUCAUUCAUAGUGUGGGGUUGAAUUGGGUUGGGAUGGAAGGGUUAUUGUGAAGUGCCUGGUGCAAUAAAGAUCAUAAAGAGUGUAUUUCUUUUAUUUGACUAUG